GAGAAUAAAAGGAACACUCUCGCUUCUCUUCGUCUCGCCUCCAUAAAACUAUUCUCGCAGCCAGUCCUUUCUGUGUCUUGAGUUUCCGGAGCAAGCAGGUAUGGCGAGCAAUAUAAUCAUGUUCGAGGAUAUCUUCGUGGUCGAUAAGCUAGACCCUGAUGGCAAAAAGUUCGAUAAAGUUACGCGUGUUGAAGCGAGGAGCCACAACUUGGAAAUGUUUAUGCAUUUAGAUGUUAACACAGAAGUUUAUCCGAUGGCUGUUGGUGAUAAAUUCACAAUGGCGAUGGCUCCAACGCUUAAUCUCGAUGGAACACCUGAUACCGGAUAUUUCACUCCGGGAGCAAAGAAAACGCUUGCAGAUAAGUAUGAAUACAUCAUGCACGGGAAGCUUUACAAGAUCACUGAGCGUGAUGGCAAAACUCCAAAAGCAGAGCUAUAUGUUUCGUUUGGAGGCCUCUUGAUGUUGCUUCAGGGAGAUCCAGCUCACAUCUCUCACUUCGAGCUCGACCAGAGGCUUUUCCUACUUAUGAGGAAGCUAUAAGAUGCGAUUGUCUGAUCAUUAUCCGCCAUUUUUAGCAUAGAGAACCGAAUGAACAGAGAGCUUUAUAACGCUUUUGUCUUAUGUUCAACUCUGCUUUUUUUUAUGUUAGGCUACUUUCAGGAAGCAGCUCUUGUACAAAACCAAGUUCUUCUGUACCGUUUUAACAUCCUCAUGCACAAUUUAACUACUCAAUUCAAA